AUGGAUUAUAUGCAGAUAAAAGAUGGUCAAUAUACUAAAACUAUUUAUACCAUGAUAAAAGAAGCAAGAUAUGAUGAUGCAAUCAAGGCUCUCAACGACGCUGUAAAUUUUAGCCCAAAUCGAGCUGGACUGUCUCUACUAGGAUUCUGUUAUUUUAGAACACAAUCAUUUAUCGAAGCUGCCAAUUGCUAUGAGCAGUUAGCAUCUAUGCAACCCGAUAUACCAGAGUAUAAACUCUACUUUGCUCAAGCGUUAUAUCAAGCAUCUAUGUUUGAUGAAUCCUACAAAAUAACCAUGCAGAUUGAAGCUCCUGAGUUAGAGAGGAAAGUAAUUAAAUUACAAUCUGCCAUCAAGUAUGGAGAAGAAGAUACAAUAACAGCAAAAGGACUUGUCGAUUCUUAUCCUCAAGAAGACCCAGACAAAGAUAUUAAUCUUGGCUGUUUACUAUAUAAGGAAAAUCAGUACGAGGAAGCUUUGCAAAAAUUUUCCAGGAGCCUCAACGUAGUAGGAUUCAAUGCCCACCUUCAUUAUAAUAUUGCAUUAUGUUAUUUUAAGCUAAAGGAAUAUCCACAAGCAUUAAAACACAUAACUCUUGUCAUUGAAAAAGGCAUCCGUGACCACCCUGAGUUGGCUGUGGGCAUGCAAGCAGAGACAUCGGAGGUAAAAUCUGUGGGAAAUACACUGACACUGCAUGAAACAGCCCUUACUGAAGUAUUUAACCUCAAAGCAGCUAUUGAGUACCAGCUAAAAAAUAUAGAAGCUUCGCGUGAAGCUUUAAAUGAUAUGCCUCCCCGUCAUGAACAUGAACUAGAUGCAGUGACUUUACAUAACAUGGCCCUAACGUCUAUAGAUAUAAAACCCACAGAUGGUUUUGAAAAACUUCACUUCUUGCUUCAGCAAGACCCUUUUCCGGCGGAAACGUUUGCUAAUCUGCUACUAUUGUAUUGUAAGUUUGAGUAUUACGAUCUCGCAGCGGACGUGUUAGCUGAAAAUGCCCAAUUUACGUAUAAAUAUUUGACUCCAUAUUUAUAUGACUUUUUGGAUGCUAUAAUCACAAGCCAAACAUCACCAGAAGAAGCGUUCCAAAAGUACGAAGAUAUUGCUUCAAAACACGCGGAACAGCUUAGAAAGCUUACAAAAGUUGUACAAGAAAGUCGAUCCCAAGGCGAUAACGACCAAGUGAAGAAAGCUGUUGUCGAGUAUGAGGAAGCACUAGAAAGAUACAUACCAGUAGUUAUGGCUCAAGCUAAAAUUUAUUGGGAUAUGGAAAACUAUGGCCAAGUUGAAAAGAUAUUUCGUAAAUCUGUUGAGUUUUGCAACGAAUCUGACGUUUGGCGUCUGAACGUAGCCCAUGUGCUGUUCAUGCAAGAAAACAAAUAUAAAGAAGCUGCAAGUUUCUAUGAGCCUAUUGUCAAGAAACAGUAUGAUAACAUUUUAGAUGUAAGCGCAGUUGUACUAGCCAACUUAUGUGUAUCCUAUAUAAUGACGUCUCAGAACGAAGAGGCUGAAGACAUCAUGAGGAAAAUAGAAAAGGAAGAGGAGCAGCAAAUAUUCGAAGAUCCACAGAAGAAAUUUUAUCACUUGUGCAUCGUGAAUUUAGUCAUCGGCACUUUGUAUUGCGCUAAAGGAAAUUAUGAAUUUGGGAUAUCACGGGUUAUCAAAUCCCUUGAACCAUUUAAUAAGCGUCUGGGCACAGAUACGUGGUUGCGAGACAUAUGGCAGGCGAGUGAGUACGGUUAUUGA